GGUAGAGCAGAAGAAACAUCUGAGUUUUCCAGGAUCGGAUGAGCAGCUGCCACCAACUGCAGCACUCUAUCUUCACCACCACCGCUCUCCACCUGGACCUUCAAUCGGUCUGAGUUGCUCAGACUAUCUCUGACACACACACACACACUGUCAUACACUCUGGUCUCCUGCUCCUGUUGCGCUUGUACUGCACUCCUGCCACAACAUGCAGCUCCUGGUGGUGUUAGCAGCUCUCAUGGGGGUUCUGUUCAGCGUAAGAGCAGCUGCCGUGCUUCCUCUGGAGGACAGGAGCCCCAUCCAUGCGAACAGGGAGCUGAGUAAAGAGCGUAAAGAGCUUAUCCUGAAGCUGGUGUCCGGCUUGUUAGAUGGGGCUCUGGACACCAACAUGCUGCCCGGCGAAGCAGCUCCUGUGGACCUUGAGGAGCCGCUGGAGUCCCGCUUGGAGGAGAGGGCCGUCUACAACAGGCUAUCACUGCCUCAGCGUGACCGCAAGGCGCCCUGUAAAAACUUCUUCUGGAAAACGUUCACCUCGUGUUAACAGAACCCAAAAACCGCCUGGCUCUGUACCUCCGUUUUUGUUUUUUUGUUUUGUUUUUUUGGUUUUUUUUUUCUGCCCCACUCCUCAGCUCAACAUGAACUGCAGUAGAUCUCAGCUGUACAUAUCAUCUACACCUGUGCAGCAUUGAUGGACUUCACUGAGACAGUGUGUAUGUCUGAAUACUGACUAUUUAUGUACACAAUGUAUUUAUUUAUGUAUUUAUGUAUCGUAACGUACCGGUUUAUUUCAGGCUUAAUAAAACGCAUGGAUUAUAAUGUUGGACAUAACACCGGCAGUUAAUUCUGCAAUAAAAAAUAAUAAAAAAAAAAUCAAACAGGAGGUCAUAUUUUUCACCUGCUUCUAAAGUUCAAAUACAAAGUCAGAUCAAAUGCAAAAACAAUGGCUGAUGUUUUUUUUGUUUGUUUGUUUGUUUUGUUUUUAAUUAAAUUAAAUUUUUUUAAAUUUUUUUAUUUCUCGCUUUGGAAAGUGACUAAGAUUGUGGUAAUAUUCUGGUUAGUUCUAACUUUGGCUCAGUUUGCUCAUGCCUGGUGGUCAGAAUAGGCUUAGCCUUGAAAAUAGAAAAUCAUUUUUGCGUUGAGGUUUUACGGAUGUGACCUGUUUGAUUAGUGCAAGCUGCUUGUUGGGGACAGCAAAGGCUUCUGCUGCAUGCGGAGGUAAUGAAGUCUUCUCAGCCUGACCCUGUUAACAGGCUUUGCCGUUCUUGAAGUAAACAAGACACCAACCGACUGCCUCAUUAUUUACACAGCAGCGGCAACACUCUUUCAUAGCUCAGCAUAUCUCAAACAGCUCUUUAAUUCAGGCUGUUUGAGAUAUGCUGAGAGGUAUAAUAAAACCCUGAUUUCAGAACCUUUCCUCGGUGACUCAAGCGGUUUUCUACAAAU